GGGGGGAAACAAGGAGGACAUAAUUCCCCUGCACCUUGCACAUUGUAGGGUGUAGCUGUAUUGAUCAUUCCUCCGAGUAGUGAGUCGCCUUGUGCAAAAGCCCGUGUUUUGCCCCAGUACGGAGAAGUGGGUAUCAAAGACAGCAUGGGUCUGUUAUCUGACCCGAACCGAAGGAAGGCACUGAUCAACCUCCUUACCCGGCUGAACACGCCUAUCUGUCUGGUGUGCUAUUUGGCAGGUAUAGCCUGGUUCAUGGGACUUGCCUUUGAGCCGUUCACACUGCGAACAUACAUGUCUGAAAAUGCCAUGGGCUCCACCAUGGUUGAGGAGCGGUUUCCAGCAGGGGAGAGAGCCUUGGCCAUGGGCAGGGAGUUUGCUGUCCACAAAAAGAAGGCAAAUGGGAUGCCUGUUGAUUGGUUGGCGAAGGCCAUGCAGGCCAGAGGUCUGGAAGUGUUUACUCAGAGCUUUUCUCGCACCUUGCCUUUCACUGAUGAGAUCAAAGAGAGAUAUAUGGUGAAGGGCACUAAUGUGUACGGGAUCUUGCGGGCUCCCCGUGCCCCGCGGACAGAGGCUCUGGUCUUUAGUGCCCCCUGCAGUCCAGGCAGUAAUGAUAACCAGGCCGUGGGAUUGCUACUUGGCCUGGCCCAGUACUUCAGGAGUCAGAUUUACUGGGCUAAAGAUGUCAUAUUCCUGGUGAAUGAACAUGACCUGAUUGGAAUGCAGGCCUGGCUCGAGGGUUACCAUCACACCAACAUCACUGGCAUGGACUGGACACCUCUGCAGGGUCGAGCUGGGUCCAUUCAGGCUGCCCUGUCCCUGGAGCUCAGCAGUGAUGUCAUCACCAGUCUGGACCUGGUUCUGGAAGGUCUUAACGGGCAACUCCCGAACCUGGACCUGGCCAACCUCUUCAGCGCUUUCUGUCAGAAGAUCGGAGUGCUGUGUACCAUCCAAGGAAAGCUGCCGAGAAGUGACUGGGAUACAGCUGAGGGUUACACCCACGCAGUUCAAACCAUGACACUCAUGGUUCUAAAACAGGCCAGCGGGCGACCCUGGGGCGACCACGGUCUCUUCCUACGCUACCACAUCGAGGCAGCCACUAUUCGUGGGAUCAACAGUUUUCGGCAGUAUAAAACCGAUGCCACCACCAUCGGCAGGUUGCUUGAGGGAAUGUUCCGUAAGCUGAAUAACCUCCUAGAGCGUCUACACCAGUCUUACUUCUUCUAUCUCAUGCCAUCACUCUCUCGCUUUGUCUCCAUUGGCUACUACAUGCCUGCCUUUGGCCUACUGGCCGUCAUCCUACUGCUCCGAGCUUUGGAUCUGUGGGUCCAGCUGGGGACUCCACCUCCUGUAACUGAAGAUGGACCUGCUGAAUUCCAACAGCCAUCCGGUCCGGGCAUGUUGUCUGUUCUGACACCGGUGGUGAUCAGUCACCUGACCGGCAUGGCGUUGUACACUCUGCCUGUCCGCUCACAGGAAACAGCCGUGGAACACUUCCCUGUGUCUGAGACUGAGGCUGUCGUACUCACUGCCAUCGCUAUCUACACUGCUGGCCUGGCCCUCCCACACAACACUCACAAGCUGCUGUCAGGUGAAGGGACAGAGCAGGGCUGGAAGGUGUUGAAGCUGGUGGCCCUGUUGUAUUUGGCUGUGUUACUGGGCUGCGUAGCACUGAUUAACUUCUCCCUUGGCUUUAUCCUCGCCGUCACACUGGUUCCCAUUGGUGCCUUCGUCACUCCACACGUGCCCAAGGCUCUGAGUGCCGUCGUCAUGGUGAUGCUGAGUCCUGGCUUCACUCUGCUCUACUGCAUCUUCAUCUACCAGGAGUUACAGGAAGCCCCUGUCUCUCUCAUCGAGGGUUGGAUGAUUUUUCUGUCCGUCAUCUCUCAGGGUAUUCUCGACCACACCCUCUAUGGCUCUCUGGUCUAUCCGCUGUUGGCACUGCUCAUCUACCCCUGCUGGCUGCUGUUCUGGAACAUUCUUUUCUGGAAGUAGAGGAAUUUUAGACACUGAUUCUGGAACGGCAGCUGUCUUGUCUCAAAUUUGUGCCAGUCCUAAGAAACUGAUCUUAGAACAGCUGUUGUGGGGCAGAAGAACUCACCUGUCGGGGCUGGAGGCAGCUUGAUGAAUGGCAGUGGAUAGAUUUAAGGGGCUGGAGUUAAAAUCCUCCUUGGAGAUCUACAAGGUCUGGGUGUACAGAGGGGUCUUAUCAGGGCACAGAGGACAGAAAUAAUGGCUGUGUUUUUUUUGGCAGGGUUUGUGUUUGUGUUCAUCUCUGAUGUUCAGUUGGAAUGUUCAUCUUAUUCUCUUUUGGGGGCUUGGAUAUGGACAGGGCUAAGCUGCCUCAGCUAAGCCUGAAACUGGUUUAUACAUCAGGGAUGAAUUCAUAAAGUAAUACAGAGAAAUUCAAUAACAAAAAAUAGCCUACCAAAAUACGAAGAGAAAUUUGUAUAUCUUAAACCUUAAACAAAGGAACUGUUCACUGUUGUGAUAGGGAGUGUGAAGCGGUCUGUAACUGGGAGUCACACAGAUUGUGUGUCAAAACUCUGAUUGGCUGAGAAGCUUGUCAGUCAAUCAUGUCUGUGAUGCAGAGGAAGAACACAUGAAGUUAAGACAGUGAUUUGUUAAUGUUCUUCCUCUGGAACAAAUUAGUGAACAAAAUGAGGAUUUUACAUUAAAGAAAAAAGCGAGUUUCCAUUUUCCAACUCCUAUUGACUGCACAAAUAUGUUUUGCAUUCAUUUUUGAUUAAUAAAUGUAUUGGAUGAUUGAUUAACACUCUCUUUCAUUUAUCCAUGACUAACUAAGUCCAACUUCAUUAUUAUGCAUUAAACACUCCCAACUAAAGGAGAAAUUACGCUUCAUUAAUACGCCGUGCUGAGAAUUCCACUAAUUAUAAUUAGGUUUCCUAACAUUCCUAAUGUUUUCUGUGUUCUUACAAAUGUACACAAGAGAACUUCAGAUGGUCUUUAAAAAUGAGAAUUAGGAGUUGUAUAGUAGUUGCUGAAAUGAUAGUCCAAAAUUAUUUUACACAUCCAAUGAAAUUUUACAUGUGAAAUUAGGGUCCAGGCUUCACAGGUCUAAAUCCCAUGGGAAUAUGACUUUCCAUGCUUACUUUAGUGCUGGUGUCACCAGUGAUGGGUAAGAAACCUGUGUAAAUUCAGACUGUCUCUUUAAAUGCAAACCCGUCCCACUGCUGUGUUCCUGUCUGACUGCUGUCGCUCUGUGGAAACUGGAACCUUGUCAACUACUUCUCCCUGGGUUUUUUUAUUAUUAUUUUAAAUACCAUGUGUUCCUUUCACUGAUGUCCUGUAAGAUCACCCUGA